UUUUUUCAAUAUUUGCCUGAAUGUGGAAUGGUGUUACAACUUGCAAAAAAAGAUCACUUCUGUCACUUCCCUUAUUACAACAACUUCAAGAACUCAAUCUCAGAUCACCUGUUCAAUAAUUAAACACACAUUGACACAUAUAACUCAACCCCUUGAGAUUAAACACUAACCCAUGGAUCUUGAGCCUGAAGAGCUUCAGUUUCUUACAAUACCAAGAAUCUUUAAAGAUUCAAUUUUUAUCCCCAAACAGUCCCCUAACACCUUCAUUCAACUAACCUUAACCCUAAUUUUCCCUCUUUCUUUUGCAAUUCUUGCUCAUACCCUUUUAACUCACCCUCUUGUAGCACAGAUUUUUAGCCCUUAUGGCUCAAAUUCUUCACAAUUUAGUAAGCUUCUUGUUUUUCAGUUCUUUUAUUUGAUUUUCUUGUUUGCCUUUUCACUUCUUUCAACUGCUGCUGUUGUGUUCACUGUUGCUUCUUUGUAUACCUGUAAGCCCAUUUCGUUUAGUUUGGCUAUUGCAGCUGUUCCAAGUGUUUUGAAGAGGCUUUUUGUUACUUAUAUAUGGGUGAUUGUUGUUAUGGUGUUAUAUUGUGUGUUUUUUGUUGUGGGUUUUGUUGGUAUGUUGGUUUUUGCUGUUGAUUCCCGGGGGAACAAUGGGUUUGUUUGGGGGAUGAUUGUGGUGGUUUUAAUGUUUGCUGGUGUUCAUGUUUAUGUUAGUGCAUUGUGGCAUUUGGCUAGUGUUGUGUCUGUUCUUGAGCCGGUUUACGGGUUUGCUGCGAUGAAGAAGAGUUAUAAGUUGUUGAAGGGGAAGACUUGGAUGGCGAUGGUGAUGGUUUCCGGGUAUUUGGUUGUGUGUGCUGCGAUUAAUGGGGUUUUUGGAGGUUUUGUGGUUUAUGGCGAGAGUCUUGGUGUUUUUGGAAAGGUUGUUGUUGGUGGAGUUUUGGUCGGCGUUCUGGUGAUUGUGAAUUUAGUGGCGUUGUUGGUGCAGAGUGUUUUUUAUUAUGUUUGCAAGAGUUAUCAUCGUGAAGGAAUUGAUAAGAGUGCUUUGUAUGAUCACCUUGGUGGCUAUCUUGGAGAAUAUGUGCCUCUUAAAAGCAGCAUUCAAAUGGAGAACUUGGAAGUUUGAGAUUUUGUUUGAAACUAAUCUGUGUAUAUAUAUAUUGUUAGAUAACAUGUGUAAAGGGAAUGCUGCAUUAACGGGUAUGAUCAAGUUAUCUUAUCUAUGUUGCUUAUAUAUGUUCAUUAACAAUACAUAGAGUAAUUCCUGUUUUUGGUUGUUA